GCAGCGCCUCCAGGUGCCUAACUCCGCCCAACCCGGAAGACUCAGUGGAAAAUAUGCAGUGCUCGAUGACGUGUACACCUAGCCGUCCAGAAGUCGCCUGAAUCCUACGCUUUUCAGAUCUGAAUCACAUCCGGAUUUGAAGGGAUUGUCAUGAGGCAGGAACCCCCCACGCAGAGGUGCGCUGGUGGAGUGCUGUGGGUAUUGGCCCUGGCUGUGGCUGUUCUGCCCUGGACUGACGGAGCAGUGAACUACAAGCAAGGGGAUAAAGUGACUUUGUAUGUGAACAAGGUUGGGCCGUACCAUAAUCCACAGGAGACCUAUCACUACUACACCUUACCUGUCUGCAGGCCAAAAGAGGUACGGCACAAGGCACUGAGCCUGGGAGAGGUACUGGAUGGAGACAGGAUGGCUGAGUCGCUGUAUGAUAUUCGCUUCCGGGAGAACACGGAGAGGCGGACUCUCUGCCAGCUGACACUUACUGAAAACGAGGUGGACCAGUUGCGAGAAGCCAUAGAGGAACUCUAUUAUUUUGAGUUUGUUCUGGAUGAUAUUCCGAUCUGGGGUUUUGUGGGAUACAUGGAGGAGAGUGGCUUUCUACCCCAUAGUCACAAGGUGGGGCUGUGGACUCACCUGGACUUCAACAUUGAGUACAACGGCAAGUCGGUGAUCUUCGCCAACGUGUCGGUGAAAGACGUGAAGCCUGUGCCCCUGGAAGAGGGUGCGGGGGCUGGCGCUGAGCUGUCGCUGACGCACUCCUACAGUGUGCGCUGGUUCGAGAGCCGCCUGUCCCCCAAUCGGAGGGCGGAGCGCCUGCAGGACCACUCCUUCUUCCCCAAAACCCUGGAGAUCCACUGGCUGUCCAUCAUCAACUCCCUGGUGCUGGUGGUGCUGCUUCUGGGCUUCGUCAUCAUCAUCCUCAUGAGGGUGCUGAAGAACGACUUUGCAAGGUACAAUGUGGAAGAGGACAGGGGGUGUGAUGACCUGGACCAGGGCGAUAACGGCUGGAAGAUCAUCCACACUGACGUCUUUCGCUUCCCCCCCUACAAGAGCCUGCUGUGUGCUAUUCUGGGUGUGGGUGCACAGUUCCUCACUCUGGCCACAGGGAUCAUCAUCAUGGCAUUGCUGGGAAUGUUUAACGUGCAUCGCCAUGGCGCCAUCAACUCUGCGGCGAUCGUGCUCUACGCCCUGACCAGCUGUGUGUCGGGGUACUGCUCCUGCCACUUCUACACACAGAUCCACGGCCAGCGCUGGGUCUGGAACAUCAUCCUCACUUCCACCCUCUUCUCAGGGCCCCUCUUCCUCACCUGGAGUGUGGUGAACUCUGUGCACUGGUACAGCGGGUCCACCCAGGCCCUGCCUGCGACCACAGUGCUGCUGCUGCUGGCUGUGUGGGCGCUGGUGGGCUUCCCCCUCACCGUCAUCGGGGGCAUUGUGGGUAAGAACAAGGCGGGCACCUUCCAGGCGCCCUGCCGCACCCGCAACAUCGCCCGGCAGAUCCCCUCUCAGCCCUGGUACAAGCACACCAUCGUGCACAUGGCCAUCGGAGGAUUCCUGCCCUUCAGUGCCAUCUCAGUGGAGCUGUACUACAUCUUUGCUACGGUGUGGGGCAGGGAACACUACGCGCUGUACGGCAUUCUUCUCUGCGUCUUCGCCAUCCUGCUGUCGGUGGGCGCCUGCAUCUCGGUGGCGCUGACGUACUUCCUGCUGUCGGGGGAGGACUACCGCUGGUGGUGGCGCAGCGUGCUGAGCACGGGCUCCACCGGCAUCUUCAUCUUCGUCUACUCCAUCUUCUACUACCGCAACCGCUCCAGCAUGAGCGGUCUGGUGCAGAGCGCCGAGUUCUUCGGCUACACGCUGCUCACCGCCUUCGUCUUCUCCCUCAUGCUGGGCGCCGUGUCCUUCGCCGCCUCGCUGGCCUUCAUCCGAUACAUCUACAACAGCCUGAAGAUGGACUGAGGAGACCGG